CGAGAAGAUAAGUUGAGGGAACAUGGCGACGUCUCAUCUGCUGAAGAACAAGGGCUCACUGCAGUUCGAGGACAAAUGGGACCUGAUGCGUCCCAUCGUGCUCAAGCUGCUCCGGCAGGAGUCUGUCACCAAACAGCAGUGGUUCGACCUUUUCUCAGAUGUCCAUGCCGUCUGCCUUUGGGAUGACAAAGGUCCCGCCAAGAUCCACCAGGCACUGAAAGAAGACAUUCUAGAUUUCAUCAAACAAGCACAAGCGCGAGUGUUGAGUCACCAGGAUGACACGGCGCUCCUGAAGGCCUACAUCGUGGAGUGGAGGAAGUUCUUCACGCAGUGCGACAUCCUGCCAAAACCCUUCUGCCAGCUGGAGAUCACUCUGAUGGGGAAGCAGGGCAGCAACAAGAAGUCCAACGUGGAGGACAGCAUCGUCCGCAAGUUGAUGCUGGACACCUGGAACGAGUCCAUCUUCUCCAACAUCAAGAGCCGGCUACAGGACAGCGCGAUGAAGCUGGUGCAUGCGGAAAGGCUGGGGGAGGCCUUCGACUCCCAGCUGGUGAUCGGAGUCAGAGAGUCGUACGUGAACUUGUGUUCCAACCCUGAGGACAAGCUGCAGAUCUACAGAGAUAACUUUGAGAAGGCCUACAUGGACUCCACCGAGAGGUUCUACAGAACGCAGGCGCCGGCAUACCUGCAGCAGAACGGCGUUCAGAACUACAUGAAAUAUGCCGAUUCCAAGCUAAGAGAAGAGGAGAAACGUGCACUGCGAUACCUGGAGACGCGACGGGACUGUAACUCUGUACAGGCGCUGAUGGAGUGCUGCGUCAACGCAUUGGUCACAUCCUUCAAGGAGACCAUCCUGGCCGAGUGUCCCGGCAUGAUCAAGAGGAAUGAAACCGAGAGUGAGUACGGCAGGACUGCGCCCGCCAAAGGCUCGGCUAGCUCAGAGCUCCACCUCAUGUUCUCACUCAUGGACAAAGUUCCGAGCGGCAUCGAACCCAUGCUGAAGGACCUGGAAGAGCACAUCAUGAGUGCUGGACUCGCCGACAUGGUGGCGUCUGCUGAGACCAUCACAUCUGACUCAGAGAAGUACGUGGAGCAGCUGCUCACCUUGUUCAACCGCUUCAGUCGACUGGUAAAAGAAGCUUUCCAGGACGACCCACGUUUCCUUACAGCCCGGGACAAGGCCUACAAGGCCGUGGUCAACGACGCCACAAUCUUCAAGCUAGAACUGCCGAUGAAGCAGAAAGGGGUCGGUCUGAAAACCCAACCUGAAUCCAAAUGUCCGGAGCUGCUGGCCAACUACUGCGACAUGCUACUGAGGAAAACGCCGCUCAGCAAAAAGCUCACGUCUGAGGAGAUUGAGGCCAAACUCAAAGAAGUGCUGUUGGUUCUGAAGUACGUCCAGAACAAGGACGUGUUCAUGCGCUACCACAAGGCUCACCUGACCCGCCGCCUCAUCCUGGACAUCUCUGCUGACAGCGAGAUCGAGGAGAACAUGGUGGAGUGGCUGCGGGAAGUGGGAAUGCCUGCCGACUACGUCAACAAGCUGGCCAGAAUGUUCCAAGACAUCAAAGUGUCGGAGGAUUUGAACCAGUCCUUCAAGGAGAUGCACAAACACAACAAGCUGGCUCUUCCAGCUGACUCGGUCAACAUCAAGAUCCUGAACGCAGGUGCCUGGUCCAGGAGCAGUGAGAAGGUCUUUGUGUCUCUGCCCACUGAGUUAGAGGACCUGAUCCCAGAGGUGGAGGACUUUUACAAGAGGAACCACAGCGGCAGGAAGCUCCACUGGCACCACCUCAUGUCCAACGGCAUUAUCACCUUCAAGAACGAGGUGGGUCAGUACGACCUGGAGGUCACCACCUUCCAGCUGGCUGUUCUGUUCGCGUGGAACCAGCGGCCCAGGGAGCGGAUCAGCUUCGAGAACCUGAAGUUGGCCACCGAGUUGCCGGACGCUGAGCUGCGACGUACACUCUGGUCUCUGGUGGCCUUCCCCAAACUCAAGAGGCAGGUUCUGUCCUAUGACCCGGUCGUGUCGUCGCCUAAAGACUUUGCUGAGGGAACGUUGUUCUUCGUCAACCAGGAGUUCUCGCUCAUAAAAAACUCUAAGGUCCAGAAGCGAGGGAAGAUAAACCUGAUCGGCCGGCUGCAGCUGACCACCGAGAGGAUGAGGGAGGAGGAGAACGAGGGGAUCGUGCAGCUCCGGAUACUCCGCACGCAGGAGGCCAUCAUCCAGAUCAUGAAGAUGAGGAAGCGCAUCAACAACGCACAGCUACAGACGGAGCUCGUGGAGAUCCUGAAGAACAUGUUUCUGCCACAGAAGAAGAUGAUCAAGGAGCAGAUCGAGUGGCUGAUCGACCACAAGUACAUCAAGCGGGACGAGAGCGAUCUCAACACCUUCAUCUACAUGGCGUAGCGCUGCCCACGCUCUGGACUGACGCUUGCCACUAGCGGGCUCCCGUCCCUCUAUUUAAACUCAAUCCCGUCUGCGCAGACGGCACAAAGACGCCAGACUUAUUUAAGAAAAACUUCCUGCCUUCAAAGUUGUAAAAAUGAAAUGAAAUCCUUGUGGUCGUUGCCGUUUUUAGUCGAAGGGAGUUUCCUCGCCGUCCGGACUUCAUCCGUUUUCACGCCGGCGCUCCCUCUCGCCACUCACUCACCGCCCGACAAGGAAAGCCAGCAGAACUUUGGACCUCGCGGUUCUGCGUCUUCACGGGACGGAGCGGCCACCAGAGGUCAAACGCUGAAACUUUGUGAUGAAUUGAGGAGCCACCGGGCUGACCGGACUCUGACCCGUCUACAGGUGUAAGAGGGGGUCCGAGGUCACUGGAGGAGGUCAGAGGUCAGUAUUAAAACAGGACGAACCGUCAGAUGUGAAAAUGAAACGUGAAAAUAAA